AUGUUUUUUAAUCCAUUUAAAAAUACCUCAAUGUAUACAUGAUUAGUAGAUUAGUAUUUUACAUUACUGUAUCAAUUGGGUGCAAAUAUCUUGUAUUCAAAUCAAUUAUUUCUAUCAUCAGAAGAUUAUUUUUUUCCUUUUUUUUUUUUACAUCGAACAAUCUACUUUUGGAUAACACUCCUUGAAUAUAGAUUCAUUAGUUAUUUCAAAUGUCUAAUACAUCCAAUGAUAUAACUAUUUCUGAAGGUAAACGUCUUGUUGCAGCUAAAAUUGCAAGUGCUGUGACUAGUGGAGGUAGUCCAGCACGAGUGAUUAAUGCAUUUCUACAAGUACAAGAUUAUCAAGGAUUAGAUAAAUACUUAAGCAAACAUAAAAUUCCUAUAGAUAUUUUAACAGCAUCAUUACAAAGUGCAUGUAUGCGAUCUGAUAGUGAAGCUGUUGGUACAUUUGCAAAACAUGGAGGUAAUGUAAAUCAUACUGAUCAAUUUGGUACUACACUUUUACAUUUUGCUAUGCGUGGUGGUGGAGAUGAGAAUGUUAUCAAAGCAUUAGUUGCUCAUGGAUUAGAUUAUCAACUAUGGAGAUCUGAAGGAAUGCCUCUACUUCAUUGGGCUUGCAGUAAUGGAUUAAUCAAUCUUGUUGAGUAUUUAACUGAAAAAGCGACAGCUUCAUUGCAGGAAGCCGAUGAAUAUGGUCGUCUACCUAUACAUGUUGCUGCUGUAUUUGGUCAACCAGUAAUUUUGUCUUAUCUUAUACGUGUCUUAUCUACUCAUCUUCAUCCAGCCUCCGUUCCAAGUCAGUUUUUAUCUGCAUUAAAUGACGAUAGAGAAUGCUCUAUUGAAGAAGAAGAAGAAGAAGAAGACGGCAAUGAAGCAGGUGGUCUAGUUAAUAUCAGUCACAAACCAGAUAGAAAUAAACUUCAGUCAAAAUUAUGUACACCUGAUAAAGAUUGUCCAAUGAGUUUUCAACCGAGUGUUUUAAAAACAGUCGCAGCUGCAAAUUAUCUAGAUAUGAACCAUUGGACACCUUUACAUCAUGCUAGUUGUGAAGAUGCUGUAAACUAUUAUCAUGAUUGUUUGAAAAUUCUAUUAGAUAAUGGUGCUGAUCCAAUGUUGCCUACAUCACAAGGUAAAACUGCAUUGGAUUUAGCAUAUGCUGCGGGUAGAUCACAAAUGUUAGUAGAUGUUUUACCAAAAAGACAAUUAAUUGCUUUGCUUAUGUUAAUUGAUGAUAUUGUUCCAAUUAAUAUGAGAAAAAGAAUGAAUGAAGAGGAGAAACAAAAAGAACGUUCAGGUAUAACUAGUAUGUCACCUUGUGAACCAUAUAUACCAAUGAGUGUAAAAAGAGAGCAUAGUCCAAGUUUAUCAAAUGAUAUGCAUAAAAGAUCUCGUAAAGGAUAUUCAUUUAUUCGUCGGAUAGCUGAUAAGAUGGAUACAAAUGAUACAACUGGUGGUCAAGGAAAAAGUUUUGGAAGAAGUUAUACAGCUGAUUGUACAAAUGUAAUGAGUAUAUGGCGUAAGAUUAUGCUGAAUGAUAAUGUGGAAUUAUUGGAAACUUUAAGAGAUUCUUUGGUAUGGAGACAAAAUAAACCAACUAAUUUAACAUCAGCAACAGAUUUUAGUCGAAUAGGUGAUAGUUUAACUAUGCCAACAGAUCAAAUAUCAUUAGAUGAUUUUGAAAGUGCUCAACAGAUUAGUUUAAAGCAAAUGUUUGAACUAUUCUCUGAUUGUUAUGAAAAUGGUACUGGAGUUUUUACACAUGUUCAGGUUACAUUUCAAGAAACGCUUAAAGCGCAUGAUUUUAAAACUGUUCUACAAUCAAUGACUGGUUUACUUACCUUCAAUUCAUUAAGUACUAAUAAAAUUGUAAUUCUACGUCCAAUGCAUAGAUCAUUAUUAUUUUUAGCAAUAAUUUGUGGACGUUUUCGUGUAGUUGAACAAUUAAUUCGUAUGAGACAAUUCGAUGUUCUACCAGCAAGUGUUUUAGUAACUCUAAUUCUACGUCGUCUUCAUAAGCAUCCUAGUUUUCCACAACAAAUGUUGGGUGAAUUGAGCGCUUUUGCUGAUCGAUUAGAAUCUAUAGCUGUUGAUGUCUUGAAUUUGGUAUUCCUUAAAGAUAAUACACCAGAAAAAAUGAUAUGUCGUUCAAUGUUAAAUGUACCAUUACGUACAUUUGGAGGAAUCUCUUUGAUAGAUUUAUGUGCUAAAGCAAAAUGUACAAAUGUACUAAGUUUAUCAUGUUGUCAAAGUCUUCUUGAUGAACGUUGGCAUGGAGUUUUAAUUUGUCUACCAACAUGGAUGAGAUGGUCAUGUAAAUUUUUUCCUAUUGCCGGUAUUGUUUACUUUGAAUAUAAAACAAAAAAAGAACGUAAACAUACAGCAUUAUUAAGAAAUAAAAUAGGAAAUACUGGAACAAGAGGUAAAUUAGUACGAAGUUUAGUAAGUGAUGGAAUAUCAUCUACUGGAAAAGUUUUAUCUAAAGGUUUUCCUAAUUCAUCUCAAAUGAUAAAUAAUCCCCUUAUAUCAAAACGAACAAAGAUGAUGAAAUCAAAAAACACUUCAUCAAUUCUAUCUUCACAAUUAACUAAACCAGAAGUUACUGUAUACGAUCGUAUGUCUAGUCAAUUUGGAUGGAGUUCUUCACCAAGAUGGCAUUUUAUAACUGGAGUUUAUUCAUCUCCAUCAAUGAAAUUCUGUCUACAUUCAAUAUUUCAUUUAUUAUUUUUAGUAUUAUUUUCAAUUGUAUGUGUAUAUAACUUACAUUUUGCUUUUAGUCGUAUGGAAUUAAUUUCAUUAUCUUAUGUAUUAGGUUAUGCAUUUGAAGAGAUAAGACAAAUGAUACUUGAAGCAUCACGUGAUGGUUUUGGUGAUUAUUUUCGUGAUGGUUGGAAUUGGAUUGAUCUUUUAGCCACUGGUUUAACAUUUAUCGGUUUUUGUACAAGAAUGAAUGUAAUAGAUAAACAAGCUACAGAAUUUGAAGAAGCUCAUGAUGUUGUACUUUAUUCAACACGUAAUUUAUAUUUACUUGGUCUUAAUCUUUUCUAUAUGCGUACACUUUAUAUUACAUCAAUUUCACCAAUUAUAGGACCAAGAUUAAAAAUGAUGGCUGAUAUGUUACGUAAAGAUUUAAUACCUUUAUUAUUAGUAUUUGCAAUAUUUAUAUUCUCUUAUGGAGUAUGGUUUCAAGGAUUAAUUUAUCCAAAUAGUUUUUAUGAAACACAAGAACAACGUCAAAGAAAAUAUUUAAUGAAUAAUAGUGAAUUUUCACGUCGAAGAGAUAUGCAAAGACUUGGAUUAUUAACAUCAUUCAGUGAAUUAUUUCGACGAUCAUUUUAUAGUAUAUUUGAAGUAAGCAUUGUAUUAGAAGAAGAAACAUGUGAAGGUAAUAGAUAUUGUGGAAGUGAAUUUGGUUUUCAUACAGUAAUCUUUUUUGUACUUGUAUUAUAUGUUGGUAUUGUUAAUAUUAUUUUAAUCAAUCUACUCAUUGCAUUAUUCAGUAAUACAGUAUCAAGGAUAGAUCAAAGAUCAACAGCUCAUUGGUUAGCUGGACGAUAUAAAAUGGUUAAAGAAUACAGUGAACGAACUAUGUUACCUCCACCAUUGAAUACACUUUGUAUAAUAUAUGAAUUGAUACGAUGUUUCUAUAUUGGUACUAGUCAAUGUAUAUGUAAAGAUAUAAAACAUUCAUAUCAAAGAGAUAUAACAAUAUUUGGUAAACAAUUGAAUAAUGAAAUAGAUGGACAAGAGAAUGAUUCACUUGAAGAAGAUAAUGAAAAUAAUAAAAAGAUUUUAACUCGACAAAAUCAACUCAUUAAAAUAAAACAGAAAAAUAAUGAAAGAAUUAAAAGAUUAAUGGGUGAAUCAGAUGAUUAUGGUAAAUCAUAUAAACAAGAGAUUGAUGCAGUAUUGAAAUUUAUUCUUAUUCAAAGUUUUGCAUUACAAAAUAGUAGACAUACAUUAGGCACUGGAAUCACUUUUAGAGGACCUUAUACUAGUCAAACAAUCAAUAAUUCUACUAGAUCAAUUAAUAAUGAAAAUAUACAAAUGAAUAGUAAUCAGAUAGAUAAUAGAUUACAACAUAUUGAAAGUAUACUAGAAAAUCUUGUUGAUUAUAUUCAUCAAAUGAAAAUGAUAGACUCUAUAUAUAAUACACCAAAUACACAUUCACCUAUACCAUUACGUAUGCCAUCUGUAAAAUUAACUCAUGUACCUAGUGAAUCACCAAUUCAAAGAAUAAAAAUACCAACAUCUAAAGAAUUAUUUCAACAAAUUAAUGAAGAAAAACAAAAUGAAAAUCAACUUGAUAAAUAUAUUAUGCCUAAAAAAUUACCAUCUAUAAAAAUACACAAAUCAUCAUAGUCUAUAGUAUUUUUUUUCCCUUAUAAAAUACUAAUAUUUUGAAAAUCGUUCCAUUUAAUAAAUAUUCAAGGUCAACUUAUCAUUACUAAACAUUCAUAGCAAUUUAUAUGGAUUAAAACACCGAAACAACCAAUCAUAAAAGAGAUUAUAUGAUACAAUCUUUAUUGAAAUACAAGGUGAUACUUUUCAUUACUGAAAACAAUAUACAUUCGGUCAAUUUAACUACUACUACUACUACCAUAAUAAUGAUAAUAUCAGUUUAAACAAACGUUAAAUAGUGAAGUACCUAGUUUGUUUUUUUUAAAGAAAAAAUGUAGUUUCAUGUUUUUCUUUCUUUAAAACUCAUUUUGUUUUUUUUUUUUCAUAUUAAUCAAUCAAUUUUAUUUCUGUAAACAAAUUACAUCAAUUUAUUUACAGAUUUUGUUUAAAUGUAUUCAUUGUUCAAUUGAAUUUUGAAUUGAAUAAAUGAAUAUUAAGGGUAUUUGUUUAUUUGAUUAAUUGGUUGUUUAAUGGCAGACAAUUUAUUCCUAUUGUACAAUUAUAGUGUAUUACAGGUUGAUUUCAUUGUAAAUUUCUAAUCAAUUUCAAUUGUCUUGAUAUUUUAAAUAAGAUAACUCAUCUUCAUUUAGUUUUCAUUUAGUUUUUAAAAAAAAAAAUUAUUUUAACUGUAAUGUAAAAUAUGUUUUAGUAUAGUUUGUUAAAUAGUUGUUCAUUGGACUACUUAAUAUUGGUUUGCUAUAUAAAUAUAAACUAUUAAAGAUUAAUGAGUAAACAUAAUUCUAUGCAUUUUAUGCACAGAUUAUUCUUAAGUAUUCCUGGAAUAAAAAAAGAACAGAGUCGAGUAUGGUUUAAGGUAUACUGAUAAUUUACCAGUCAACAUAUAUCUCAUUAUCUAUAUUCUUAAUCAUAAAAAUAAUAAUAAUAGUAAUAAUAAU